AUGCGCCCCGCAUCCGCGGUGCUGUUACUUGUCCUCUGCUUGGCAGCGCAUCCAACACGGGUACACGCCGGUGAAUUUCUAAACACAAUCUUUUUGAUACUCACGUUCGGCAUUGGUGGCAUUGUCAACAAUUGCAUUGCUAGACCCAAAUGUCAAGACGGCGUGGCAAAGUUGGGUUUGGAGUACAAUGAUUUUUGUGGCUGCAUUGCCGAUAUCGAGAGUGGUCCUUUGUUUUGUGUCCGAGGCGUUGGUGGUUGCAAUUCUGGCGGUGUGUUUUGCAUCGAGGGUGAUCUCUGCGGGGACUCAACCUUUGACAUGACGUUUGGGGAUGGCGGCAAACUCAAAGAUGACCUGUAUGGAUACUUUUUUGCAACCACACCUGAUGUAUAUGAAUUGCGGGUGAUUGCCACGCCCCUGAGCAACAAGGAAGUGUUUGAAUCCUGUUCGGCGGCGGUGGAAGGGAAGGAGUGUGGAAGCUGUAACAUCUGCCCUGACGGGAUAUCCUUUCGGUUUGAUUGCAGCGACAUUACUGUGGGAAGUAGUGGAGCUGCUGGUCCGGUUAUGAACGAUUGCCUGAACUUUUUGUUUCAAAAGGUGGUCUGA